GUUGUGUAUAAUUGCGGGAAAUAUUUCUCCAAUUGAUGUAAUCACACAUGUCCCUAUAUUAUGUGAGGAAGCUGAUAUUCCAUACAUCUUUGUUCCUUCAAAGGAGGGGCGCAUUUCUACCAAGUUGGAGAAAAGUUUGGUAGAAUCAAGAAAGAGCAAAUUGUUGGAAACUUGGUCGAAUGUGGUGGUUAAAACAGAUCUUGCCGCUGCUGGGGCAACCAAGAGGCCUACCUGCUGUGUUUUAAUACUAACCAAACCAACCAAAGGAGAGUUGGAGCUGGAAGUGAAGGAAAAAUUGCAGUCAGAUUACAACCAAGUGGUGUCAGACGUUGCUGAGCUGUGACGUCCUCCCUUAUCUGAAAGUGCCGUGAAACAAGAUCCAACUUCACAUGAUAUGUUUGUCCAUCUUGCUGCUGGUAUUGUCUUCAUCUUCCCUGACAUGUCAAUCUCAGACACCAAGUAAACCGCAUUAUGUUCCUUCUGUCUGGGGACCUCAAGCAGGGGUGUCUAUUUUGUCACCAUCAUCCAUUGUACCAUGAGAUAAGUUAGUGGGAUGCUGAGCAUUUUCCCUUGGUUUGAUUUCUAU